UCGCUAGCGUUCAGCAUAGCCCACCAGCGGUCCACGAAGAGCGAGUCGAUCAAGCGUCCAGGGAAGAACUGGCCACGAGCGUUCGAGAAGCGUCACCCCGAACUCCAGGCGAGACGGGUCAGAUCGAUAGACUGGAAGCGUCACGGAAACAAUAUAUACGAGAAGAUAGUAGAGUGGUUCGAUGUGAUUGGCCAGGUACUACAGGAUCCAUGCGUACUGCCAGAAAACGUGUAUAAUAUGGACGAAACUGGAGUCAUGCUAAGCAUGCUUGGCUCCGCAAAAGUCUUAGUCGGCAAGGACAAUCGGCAAGGUAGUAGGGGUGCGGGUGUCAAGCGCACUAUGGUUACUGCUAUUGAGUGCAUCAGUGCUGACGGAAGGGCCCUCCUGCCACUUAUCAUAUGGCCAGCUUCGACCCAUCGCAGUAACUGGACCACCCACAGCACCCCUGGAUGGCACUAUGCGCACUCAGAGAAUGGGUACAACGACUCUAAGAUUAGCUUGGAGUGGCUCAAGCGCUUCUGCUUUACUAACAACAUCAUCUUAUGUCGUCUGCCUUCUCACACCUCUCACAAGCUACAGCCAUGCGAUGUUGGCCCUUUUGCACCCUUGAAGAGUGCGUAUCGUGAACAAGUCGAGCGACUCAACCAAGGAGGCGUAGACAUUGUCGGCAAAGAGCAUUUCACUUAUCUCUAUAACCCUGCAAGAGAUCGCACACUAACUAAAAGGAACAUCAGAGCUGGGUGGUCUGCAACUGGCCUGUUCCCUUUCAACCCGGAACGAGUGCUCAGAGAUGUCCCUAAACCUCCAGCGGAAGUAAGCAACAUAUCAAAUCCAGGAACCGAGACUGCGAGUGCUGAUGUGUCGGACGAUAUGCCCCGUACGCCUACCACGCCAGUAACACCAGUGACAACAGAAGCGCUUACAUCGCUGCAUAAUCUAAUUACAAAGGACACACACGUGCUUGAAAAGACGAGCAAAGACCGUCUACAGAGACGCAUACAGAAACUGGCAAGCGCGGCUAAGGUAUCCUUCGCUGAGCAGGCCCUCCUUAAAGAUCGCAAUCAUUUCCUCCUUCAGAUCAAUCGAGAAGCCAAAACCCGCCGGUCGACAAAGUCAGUAGUUCUAGGCAAGGCUAAGGUGAUGAGUUUCCAAGACCUCGAAGAGGCUAGAGCAAAGCGUGCUGCGAAGGAGCAAGCUUUAGCAGGCAAGCCGAAGCGCGGGCGUAAGCGCAAGAGCGACGCGCUAGAAGGAUCAACAGUCCUGCCGUCGCCAAAG